CUGUGAUCAUGGGCGGGAAGAACAAACAGCGGACUAAGGGCAGUCUGAGGCCUUCAAACAGUGGCCGAGCUGCAGAACUCCUUGCCAAGGAACAGGGAACAGUUCCUGGAUUUAUUGGUUUUGGAACAUCUCAAAGUGAUCUCGUCUAUGUUCCAGCUAUUCAAGGAGCUGAAGAAAUAGACAAUCUUGUAGAUUCUGAUUUCCGAAUGGUGCUGCGGAAACUUUCCAAGAAAGAUGUCACAACAAAAUUAAAAGCUAUGCAGGAAUUUGGAACAAUGUGUACAGAGAGAGACACAGAAGUUGUAAAAGGAGUUCUUCCAUACUGGCCAAGAAUCUUCUGUAAAAUUUCACUUGAUCAUGACCGCCGUGUUCGAGAAGCCACACAGCAAGCUUUUGUGAAACUCAUCCUUAAAGUAAAGAAACAUUUGGCUCCCUAUUUAAAAAGUUUAAUGGGAUAUUGGCUGAUGGCUCAGUGUGAUACUUAUACACCAGCAGCAUGUGCAGCAAAAGAUGCAUUUGAAGCAGCUUUCCCUCCAAGCAAGCAACCUGAAGCCCUAGCUUUUUGUAAGGAUGAAAUUGCAAGUGUGCUUCAUGAUCAUCUUAUAAAAGAAACACCAGAUACACUCAGUGACCCACAAACUGUUCCAGAGGAAGAAAGAGAAGCCAAGUUCUAUCGCGUUAUAACUUGUUCCUUAUUGGCCUUAAAGAAAUUGCUUUGCCUCUUGCCAAAUAAUGAACUUGAUUCUCUGGAGGAGAAAUUUAAGUUUCUUUUAUCACACAAUAAGUUUUGGAAGUAUGGAAAACACAAUAUACCUCAGAUCCGCUCAGCUUAUUUUGAAUUAGUUUCUGCUCUGUGCCAGCAUAUUCCACAUUUGAUGAAAGAUGAAGCAUCCAAAGUGAGCCCAUCUGUUCUACUUAGCAUUGAUGAUAGUGACCCUGUUGUAUGCCCAGCUCUCUGGGAAGCUGUACUUUAUACGCUUAAAACUGUUGAGGACUGUUGGAUUCAUGUAAAUGCGAAAAAAAGUGUGUUUCCCAAGCUGUCAGCUAUGGUUCGUGAAGGUGGUCGAGGCCUAGCUACUGUUAUAUAUCCGUGUCUUCUGCCAUUUAUCAGCAUGCUUCCUCAGUCUAUUACAGACCCAAAGUUGGAUUUCUUCAAAAAUUUCCUCACCUCUAUAGUUACAGGACUGUCAACAGAGAGAAUCAAAACCAGCUUUUCAGAGUGCUCAGCUGUAGUAGCUGCUUUUUUUGAGUGCUUACAGUUUAUAAUGCAGCAAAACUUGGGUGAGGAAGAGAUGGAAAAGAUGCUUGUCGAUGAUCAGUUGAUCCCUUUUAUUGAUGCAGUUCUCAAAGAGCCAAGAUUACAAAAUGGUCACCUAUUUAACCAUUUAGCAGAUACUUUAAGUUCCUGGGAAACAAAGGCAGAUAUGGAAAAAAGCGAUACAACAGCUCACAACUUGGAGAAAGUGCUGUUAAAUUUCUGGGAAAGACUGUCAGAGAUCUGUAUUGAGAAAAUUAAUGAGCCUAAAGCCGAUGAUAUAUCUGUUUUGGGAGUCUCUAGCUUAUUACAGGUCCUUCAGAAACCAAAGAGCGCAUUGAAAUCCAAUAAAAAAAAAGUUGGUAAGGUUACAUUUGCUGAUGAGAUACCUGAAAAUCAUAAAGAGAAUGAAAAAAGCGCCUCUUCAGAAGGAGAGAACAGUGAAGGCUCUGAAUUAGUGCCUGAACCUCUCACUCAGAAUCCAUCAAACCUUAUGUCUCCUCUGAGGAAGAAACCUCUGGAAGAUUUGGUCUGUAAGUUAGCAGAGAUGAGUAUUAAUUUUGUCAAUAAGCAAAUGUCAGAGCAACAUCUGCAGUUGCUUUCUACUCUGCUCAGCACCUUCUCUUCAAGUCAGGUAUUUAAAGUGCUGUUAGGUGAUGAAAAACAGAGUAUUGUCAAAGGCAAAUCUCUUGAAAUAGAUACACUUGUACAAAAAAAUCCUGCGGUGCAGUUUUUAUACCGGAAACUAAUUGGUUGGCUAAAUGAAGAUCAAAGAAUGGAUGCUGGUUUCCUGAUAGACAUUUUAUACAGUGCCCUCCGUUGCUGUGACAAUAAUAUGGAAAGAAAAAAUAUCUUGGAUGAUUUAACACAGGUGGAGCUGAAAUGGGAUUCUCUUCUUCAGGUUAUUAAGAAGGCAUGUUCCAGUUCAGAUAAACAUGCUUUAGUAACUCUUUGGCUAAAAGGAGAUAUCCUUGGAGAGAAAUUAGUAAACUUGGCAGAUCACUUAUGUAAUAUGGGCUUGGAAUCCAAAUUAUCUUCAGAAUGUUACUUUUCAGAAAAAUGGACCCUUCUGAGUUUGGUAUUGUCUCAACAUAUUGAAAAUGAUUACUUAAUUGGAGAAGUAUAUACUGAAAGAAUCAUUGUUAAACUUCAUGAAACUUUAUCGAAAACAAAAACAAUGUCAGAAGCUGAAAACAGUAACUCAUCGGUAUCUUAUGUCUGCGAUGUGUCCUAUGAUUAUUUCAAUUCAGCAAAAGGAUGUUUACUCAUGCCAUCAUCUGAAGAUUUGUUAUUAACUCUCUUUCAGUUAUGUGCUCAGAGUAAAGAUAAAACACAUUUGCCAGACUUUCUUAUACGUAAAAUGAAAAACACUUGGUUGUCUGGUGUAAAUUUCCUGGUUCAUCAAAUUGAUAAUACAUAUGAAAAGAGUACCUUCCUACGCUUGUCUGCUCUUUGGCUCAGGAACCAAGCUCAGUCUUCAUUUUUGGAUGUCAAAAGUCUAAAAGUCCUCUUGUCUUCUGUUGAUGAUUUCCUAAAUAAACUGCUAGAGAGUAAAGAUACUGAUCUACUGGGAGUUUAUAUUGGAAGUGUUAUGCCAAAUGACAGUGAAUGGGAACAGAUGAGAGAGUCUCUUCCUAUGCAGUGGUUACACAAGCCUCUUUUAGAAGGAAGAUUGAGCUUGAACCAUGAGUGUUUCAAAACAGAUUAUAAGGAAGAAGAUAUAAAGACACUUCCUAGUCAUUUGUGUACUUCAGCAUUAUUGAGCAAAAUGGUCUUAGUUGCACCGAAAAAGGAAGAAGUCCUAGAAAAUAAGGAGCUUGAGAAAAUAAUUGCAGAAUUGCUCUAUUCACUGCAGUGGUGUGAAGAAUUAUACAACUCACCUAUUUUUGUAACUGAGUUUUGUGAACUGCUUCAAAGAAUGAAUAUUACCUAUGAUAACUUGUGUGCACUUGGUAAUACUUCUGGCCUUUUGCAGCUAAUAUUUGACAGAUCUAAAGAAAGCGGUACCCUUUGGUCUCUUAUUAUUGGUAAGUUGAUCUGUUCUCGAAGCAUUACACCUGAGGACGUAAAACAUCAGUAUAGGAGAGAAGAAAACUGUUUUUUCCCACUAACAGAAGGCAAUUUGCAUACCAUUCAAAGUCUUUGUCCAUUUUUGUUAAACGAAGAAAAGAAAAAAUUUAUUGGUGACUGUAUACGUGCACUUUUGUCCUGGCCUAAGAAUGAUCUUUACUAUAUUGACGGAGGUUUUGGAUAUUUUGCUAUUUUCAAUUCUUCUCUACAAACCAAAAACAUAGAUGAUAAAGACUUGUUACAUGGUAUACUAAAAGUAAUAAUGUGCUGGAAGAAAAACUAUGAAGAUAUUUUUCUCUUCAGUUGUAAUCUGUCAGAAGCAAAUCCAGAGACACUGGGUAUAAAUACAGAAAUAAUCCGAUUUCUUUCCCUGUUCUUAAAAUACUGGUCUGCACCUUUGGCGGAGAGUGAGUGGGACUUCAUCAUGUGCUCCAUGUUGGCUUGGUUAGAGACAGCAAGUGAGAGUCGUGCUUUGUACUCUGAUCCUCUUGUACAACUCUUUGCCUGUGUCAGCUGUGGCUUGGCUUGUGAUCUCAGUUUGUAUUUUGAUUCCACAAGUCUGGAUACCUUUGGCAAUCUUCCUGUAAAUCUAAUCAGUGAAUGGAAAGAAUUUUUUUCCCAAGGCAUCCACAGUUUGCUUUUGCCUCUUUUGAUGACUGUUACAGGCAACAAAGAUCCAUCUGAAACAUCCUUUCAGAAUGCAGUGCUGAAGCCCAUGUGUGAAACACUAACAUAUAUGUCAAAGGAGCAGCUGUUGAGUCACAAACUCCCGGCGAGAUUUGUUGCUGACCAAAAAACAAACUUACCAGAACAUCUCCAGACUUUGCUAAACACAUUGGCCCCAUUACUCCUCUUCAGAGCUAGACCUGUGCAAAUAGCUGCUUAUCAUAUGCUCUACAAAUUGAUGCCUGAAUUACCACAGUAUGAUCAGGAUAAUCUAAAGUCAUACGGAGAUGAGGAAGAAGAGCCAGCCCUGUCGCCACCGGCAAUGUUGAUGUCUCUUCUUAGCACUGAAGAGGACUUACUAGAAAAUGUUUUGGGAUGUGUUUCUGUUGGACAGAUUGUGACCAUUAAGCCACUGAGUGAGGACUUCUGUUACGUUCUGGGAUACCUCCUCACGUGGAAAUUAAUUCUUACUUUCUUCAAAGCUGCUUCUUCUCAGCUUCGGGCUCUCUAUUCUAUGUAUCUUCGGAAAACAAAGAGUUUGAAUAAAUUGCUUUACCAUCUGUUCAAACUUAUGCCAGAAAAUCCAACCUAUGGAGAGUCAGUUCUUGAGUUCUCAAAUAAGGAUCCUAAGACAUUCUUUACUGAGGAACUUCGUUUGAGUAUUAGAGAAACAGCAACCCUUCCAUACCAAAUUCCACACUUGGCUUGUUCUGUCUAUCGUAUGACAUUAAAAGACUUGCCUGCUAUGGUUAGGCUGUGGUGGAAUAGCAGUGAGAAGCGUAUUUUUAAUAUCGUGGAUAGAUUUACAAGCAAGUAUGUCAGCAGUGUCCUUUCUUUUCAAGAAAUAUCUUCUGUGCAAACAAGUACGCAACUGUUUAAUGGCAUGACGGUUAAAGCUCGAGCUACCACUCGAGAAGUAAUGGCUACUUAUACUAUUGAGGAUAUAGUUAUUGAACUUAUAAUACAGCUGCCUUCAAAUUACCCCCUGGGUUCAAUAACCGUGGAAAGCGGGAAAAGAGUUGGAGUGGCUAUGCAGCAGUGGCGGAAUUGGAUGUUGCAGUUAAGCACUUACCUUACCCAUCAGAAUGGAAGUAUUAUGGAAGGCUUAGCAUUAUGGAAAAAUAAUGUCGAUAAACGUUUUGAGGGUGUCGAAGACUGCAUGAUCUGUUUCUCAGUCAUUCAUGGUUUCAACUAUUCUCUUCCCAAAAAAGCCUGUAGGACAUGCAAGAAAAAGUUCCAUUCAGCCUGUUUGUACAAAUGGUUUACGUCUAGCAACAAAUCCACUUGUCCACUCUGUCGUGAGACCUUUUUCUGA